AUGUCGAAAAGGCAACGAUAUACCAGCGGGCAGGGGAGCUCGACGGACUUGGUGGGGUCGAUAAGAGAACGAGAACCCAAGUCUGCCUCAACGCUCCAAUUUGAAGACUUCCGGCGUCGACAUAUCAAGCAGAAUCGUGAAGUCAUCGCCGCAAACGUCGCCGCCAUUACGACCCUGAGCACGAUCAACGCCGAGGUCUUUGCGCUCCGCUCUGAAAUCUUGGAAGUCCGACAGCAGAACCUCUCGCUGAGGCGGGAACUGCAUAUGCGCGCUUCAGCCUCUGCUCAGGCUCGAGCUGCCGUUCUUCAACCAGAACAACGACAAGCUAUUGAGACUAUCCUAGCUGCCGUCCCAGCACUACAAAACCUCCUCGCUGCCUCUCUAUACGUCGCGCCGCCUACCCCGCAAAGCCUACCCGAAUGGCUCAGCCCGAACUCUGCAGGGGGGUCCAUACCGCCCCCGGCCUGCCAGAUGCCCGUCAUAUUCACGAAGCGUCCCGCGGCUAUUGCGGCGGCUGCAAAGGAUGCGGGGCUGGGGACGCUCGUAGAGGACUCAGAACGCGGGAGCGAGGUGGAUCCGGAAGAGGUGGAGGAGCGGAUAUCGAGGAUAGCGAGUAAAGGGAGGACGAGCGGUAUAGCCUCUGAAUCGACAAGACCAGCUUCACCGCCUCCUCUACCCGCUCGGACGCACAAACCUCUCCCCAAAGCAGUCAUCGCUGCAGUCCAAUCCCCGCUCCUCUCCAGUCCAAGCACUAGGGCAUCGCCACGCCGGAAGUCACGAGGCGGAGAGAAGGCGCGAAGGAGAAGAGAGAGCGGGUUGCUUUUGCCGCUUGUUCCGCCUAUACCGGCCGAGCAUGUCCGGCCAGGAAAGGGAAGACAAGAACCCGAGGAAGGGGAAAGAGAAGAGUUGGUUGAUGGAGAUGAGCGGGACGAGGGGCAUGGCGGUGCGGUCAGGGAGUAUGGAGCCGCGGUCUAUGAUCACGGUGAGGGCAGCGUGCCAGGACAGCGGGGCAGCGCACAUGGGUCGCCGAGCAAAGUAUCUUCCGCGAAACUCGGAGACGGCGUCCCGUUGGAUGAACCCGCUCCCGGAUCCGUAUCGAAUGACACCCGAGGCGCAGCGUCUGUCUCGGAGGACGUGGUCACGGAUGAUGGAGAAGGUGGUAAUGGUGGACGAGGUCGGCGGUCUCGGAAUAGCGUGGUCAGCUACAAGGAACCGAGCCUGAACAAAAAGAUGCGAAAACCCGACGGCACACCUGUCGAGGACGCCCUCAAAAUCCCAUCUACCGGUCCUUCCCGCUCUUCUCUCGCCUCUGGCCCCCCAUCCUCCUCAUCAUCACCUACCAAGCCCAUCUCCACCGAAGUCAUCCCUUCGGCCGAGGCUGUCCCUGCCAACCCCACGGCACCGUUCGACAUCCCGACGCAGAAUGCACCAGCGGGUCGAAGAGCCAAGCCCGAGGCGGUCGCUGCUGCUCUGCGGCGGAAAAGUGUCCUGCCUCGUCCGGGCGGACGGAAUAGGGCUUCUUCGGCCGAAGUGGUCGGGAGCACCGACGAACAUGCAGCGAGCCGGCAAGACGGAGAAGUCCAAUCUGGCCCUGGAUCGGGACCUGGACCUGAUACAGAGGUGCGAGCAGAAGGCACGUCCGCACAGGCGGAUCGGACCAGUCCUCGGAAAUCCCCAAGGAGACCAAGCCAGCAGACGCUUCGACAUUCUUCCUCCACUUCCGCGCUGGCUGGGAUGAAGCGGGUCCCAUCUGGCGGUAUUAUCGUCGGGGGUCCGGAUAGCGUUCAGUACGGAAAGGGGCGGGAUCCGCUGGUCGAUAGAAACGACAAUGGGCAGGGUCAGGCGGGGAAGCGGGUAGUGUCCGGCUCAGGGUCAGGGACAAGCACGGCGGAGCACGCGAUAGCGAGGCAGGUUGGUGAAGAGGGCAAGAUCUCGAAGUCGGGAGCCAGCGGAAGGGGGAGGGAAGAACAGCUCUGA